UCAUUUCUCCUCGGUGGAUUGCUCAUGGUGAUCUCCGUCGGCUCUAAGCGACGCUUCUUUGUUCAUCUUUUUGGUGCUUUGUAGUCGUUGGAGUGGUGGGUUGGUGCCCGGCACCCUUGUAUCUAGCCUUGGGUGUGUGGUGUGGUAGUGGGGUGUGUGUUUGUAUCGGCUCGCGGUUGUAAUCGGUGGUGCUUUAUAAUAUAAAGCGGGGGAAACCCUUUUUCGUAACGAGGAGGGGUUGGAGCAUUAAUUGGGAGAUACCUGAUCUCUAGACAUGGAGUAGUGAUAAACACAACGCCUUGGUCGUCUCCUCCGCCAGCUUCCAACAGCUAUCGGUCUGCUGCUCUGCCUGCACCGCCGUGCCGAAAGGAUAGCUGAGCUGAAGAGCUGCAUUCUUGUUUGGCAGCUGAGCGUGGCAUGUCGAAGGCGCCGCGCGGCCCCAGGAAGGCGGUGAGGAGAGGCCCGUGGUCGAGGGAGGAGGACGCUAAGCUGACGGACCACAUCGCCAAGCAUGGCCUCGGCCGCUGGAGUGAUAUCCCCAGGCUAGCAGGCAUUGAGAGGGGCGGAAAGAGCUGCAGGCUGAGGUGGUUAAACUACCUCCGGCCGGACCUCAAGCGGGCCGCGCUCUCGCAGGAAGAGGAGGAUCUCAUCAUCCAGCUCCACUCCAUCAUAGGCAACAGCUGGACUCUGAUCGCGGCGUGCUUGCCGGGGCGGACGGACAACGGGGUCAAGAACUUCUGGAACGCCUCCAUCAAGCACAAGCUCCGCCGGCGUGGCAUCGACCCGGACACCCACGAGCCGAUGGUCGACGAGGGCACGAGGAACGGCGACGCCCAGCACAUCCUGCCAUCCCACCUUGCGGCAGGUAGCAACACGUGCAGCCAUGGAGCCCUUCCGCUGCCGGACUCCAUCACUAGCUACGUGGACACGGACCCGCUAGAGCUCCAGCACGGCGUUGUACUUGUACAGCCGGUGGUGUCGAGCUCCAGCAAGGUGGGCUCUGACCCGUCCAGCACCGGCUCCGACACCGGCGAGCAGUGCCCCAACGGCGCAGACAGGGCAGCCAGUUGUUCGAUCUGACGGAGAGCAGUACUACUACUACCGAGUCAGGCACCACCACUACACCUGCUCCCGUCGCCGACUGGAAGCUGAUUGGAGCUGCUCCGCGAGUACCUUAACUGGCUCGGUUUCGUAUUGGGUCUAGUAGAGUAGUAGUAUAAGUUAUACUCCCUCCCUUCCAUAAUGUAUAGAUUUUUAAAAAAGUCAAACUAAACAAACUUUAACGGAGUUUAUAGAGAAAACUUUUUAUAUAUACAAUUCCAAACAUAUACAACAUGAAACUAAACAAACUUUAACGGAGUUUACAGACUCCUUUCUUCCUUGUGUAUCGGGCGGAAGCAGUGCUUCCCACGGAACUCAUAUAUGGGUCACCUUGAGUACUUGCCUACGAUGAAGUAGCGCAAGAGCAGCUACGGCAUGACGAUGUCGUGCUCCUCGAGAAAAAUCGUCUCUGGGCCGCUGUGCGUGUUGCACGCUAUCAGCAAGCCCUGCGCCGCUAUCAUAGCCGCAGGGUUCAUGCCCGGAGCCAUGAGGAAGACGACCUUGUCCUUAGGCGCGUUCAGUCCGCCAAGGGUAGCAACAAGUUGACGCCGAAGUGGGAAGGCCCUUACUAGGUAAUACAAGUCACCAGGCCUGGUUAAAGUUUGUACUCUUUGACAUUUCAAAAACUCUAUACAUUAUGAAACGGAGGGAGUACUUGUGCUUUUUCGAAAAAAUAAAUAAAUAACAGUUUUGCUAAAGCACAUUUAUAUGUUCUCUUUUCUUUUUCUUAAUUGUUUGAUUCAGUCACUUAGAUAUGCCCUAGACAGACCCAAGAAAUAACACCUGGUGCUUGAACUGAUUGAUACAGUGUCAUCACGGCAAGCAAUCCAUUACGCGCGUGCGCGCAUAUCAGUACGGACGUACGUGCAAUAUAUCCAUCGCCCCUAUUGUUAAGAAUUAAAUUAACUAAGGUCCCUUUCAACGCAUUGCUCCUUAGAUAAUAUGCUAAGUGCAUUAUUUCUUUACUAAUUUCUUCAAUGGAUUAGUGUUUAGCUUUUGUAGCUAAGCUUUUCUCAUAUAAUUGUUCAAUGAGCCCUGGUUCGGUACAUCCCCUAAACCCUAAAUCUAAAC